CUUCUUUUUUGUUUAAUAAUUACCUUUACGUCAAAGCAGAAAGGAAAAAUAAAUUAAACAUUUAAAAAAUUCACAUUUGAAUUCCGUACUUACUUUGACUACUUUCAAAGUGAGAUUUUGACGACAUUUCUGAAAAGUUCACAGUCUCCUCCUCAUAAUUUGGAUCGACAAGUUCCACAUUCCACAACACAAGGCAAGAGAAUUCAAUUACAAUCACAAAUAAAAGCAAGUUUUCGUUUCUCUCACUCUCCAAACCAUCUAUAUAUAAACACUUAUUGGAGUGAAAUUAUUGAACUGAACAACAGAAAACAAAUACAGAUAAAGAAAUAUGGGCGCUUUCACUGAGCAACAAGAGGAAUUGGUUAAUAGCUCAUGGGAGGCAUUCAAGGGAAACCUUUCUCAAAAUAGUGUUACGUUCUUCAAAUUGGUAUUGGAGAAGGAACCAGGAGCAAAGGACUUGUUCUCAUUUCUAGCCAAUGGAGUAGAUCCCAAUAAUCCUAAGAUGGCUGCCCAUGCUGAAAAGCUUUUUGGAACGGUGCGAGACGCAGCUGUUCAACUUAAAACAAAGGGAGAAGUGGUGGCCGAAGCCAAACUUGGUUCUGUCCAUAUUGAAAAAAAAGUCACCGAUCCUCAAUUUGCGGUGAUUAAAGAAGCACUGCUGAAAACAAUAAAGGAAGCAGUUGGAGACAAAUGGAACCAAGAACUGAACGAUGCAUGGGAACAAGCCUAUAAUGCUAUGGCAGCAGCAAUUAAGAAGGCAAUGGCUUAGGAUCUAUUCAUAUGAAGUCUAAUCAAUAAUCUUUGUUUCGCUCAAAUUUUUUAUUAAUUUCUUCAUAUAAAUGUCAGUUAUAUCAAGUAGAAUAUUUUGUAUUUGGAUAAACAUUCUUCAUUUUUUUUUGCUCAGGCUUACGUCUGUGAAUCAC